AACCAAUCCUGAUACAUUUGAUAAAUUACUCUCUGUAUCCAGCAUAAUAUAUAUUGGGGAGGAUUCAGGUGGUACGGUCACUCUAUUUCGAUUCUCGAACUGAAAGCUUGGCAGUGCUUUCUGACAAGGCAAGAUGUCAAAGUCACGCGAAACCGUUACCGAGAAGAGGACGGUGAUAACGUCUUCCUCCUCCUCCAACUAUGACGACGCUGGAGACACCUCCACCAGCUCUUUCAAGUCCACCAUCUCCCCCCGGAACACAGUCUUGGCUCGCUCCCCCGGACUCCCCGGACUAAGGACUUCAGGACUCGGCGGAGACUCGGGUACUGUCAUCACCCGCACGGUUGAGUAUGGAUAUGGCAACAAACACCUGGGUGGAUUGCCAUCAGGUGGAUAUGAACAACGUACGAACACUGGUGUCAACGAAAUGAAGCAUAAUCGCGAAAAGGAAAAGAAAGACAUGCAAGAUUUGAAUGAAAGAUUCGCUAGCUAUAUAGAAAAAGUGAGGUUUCUUGAAGCCCAAAACCGUAAACUAGGAUCAGAGUUAGAACAUUUAAAAUCAAAAUGGGGAAAGGAAACAAGUCAGGUGAAACAAAUGUACGAGACCGAGUUAGGAGAAGCAAGAAAGUUAAUAGAUGACCUAACACGAGAAAAAGCCAAUCUAGAAAUCAAGAACAACAGUCUACAGGAGCAGAUGUCUGAUAUGCAGAGACAACUUGACGAGGCUAAGAAAUACCGUUCUAUUGACCGCGAGCAGAUACAGAAACUGAACCAACAAUUAUCAGACUAUGAGGGUGAGAUCAACAUGCUGAGACGUACUAUCGAAUCCCUGGAGACAGACCGACAGAGGGAUAGGGACCGUGUCAGCAAGUUACAGUCGGACAUCGACAGGCUGAGAAUGGAUUUGAACAAUGAAACUUUGAAUCACCUCGAUGCCGAGAACCGUCGCCAGACUCUGGAAGAAGAAAUGGUGUUCCUCAAGAAUCUUCACGAACAGGAACUUAAGGAACUCGCCGCUCUUGCCUACCGUGACACAACCGAGGAGAACCGCGAAUUCUGGAAGAACGAACUAUCAUCGGCCAUCCGGGAUAUCCAGAGAGAGUAUGACCAGAAAUCAGACCAGAUCCGUGGAGACAUGGAGGCCUACUACAACCUCAAGGUUCAGGAAUUCCGCACAGGGGCCACCAAGCAGAACAUGGAAGUUACCCAUGUUCGUGAGGAAAAUAAGAAACUUGUCAAACAAAUGAGUGAUCUUAGAGGAAGACUUGCUGAUCUUGAGGCUAGGAACGCACAACUCGAGAAACAAUACCAGGAUAUGCUCCGGGAAUAUGAGCAGAUGGAAACUGAUCAUACGUUGGAGACAGCCACUCUGAGAGAAGAGAUUACCAAGAUGAGAUCCGAAAUGGAAAGCAUUCUUCAGGAACUUCAAACCCUUAUGGAUGCUAAACUUUCCCUGGAACUCGAGAUCCUUGCCUACAGGAAACUUUUGGAAGGAGAAGAAACACGACGAUUCUUCAUCUUUACAAACUAUCACAGAGCGGACAGAUUUCGCAACCUUGUAGGAAUGGCACAUACUCGAGUAUCUGCUCCAUGGAGGAGAUAUGACACAACAAGUAGUUACGGCAAAUCUGAUGCCGAUGCUGAUGAAAAAGCGUCUGUUGAUGAUGAAAAAACCGAAAGAGACAUUACUCCAGAGGAUGAACUGAAAUCUAUUAUAGACGUUAAAGGGGGUACGAUGCCCACGGUUGAUUCUGCCAGUGAUAAAGAAGAUGGCGAUGACGACGGUAUAGAUGAUGAAAUAGCCAAUACAAACAUUACGGAGGAAGUAGCCGAGGACGUUGUAGUUGAGGAGAAGGUAACUACAGAAGAAGUCGUUCAAACUGAAUCAGUAGCCCCACCUAAAGACGAAAGUGAAACAAAAGAAGACGAUGAUGUGGGAGAUGCAAAUGAAGACAAAACUGACGGUGGAGAUGAUACAGAGGCGAAAGAUGCAGCUGUUACUGACGAAGUAGACGCGAUUUCUGAUGCACAAAAGGAAAUACCUGAUAACAAACCGGGUGAAACCGAAGAGGAAAACGAGGAAACGGUACAAUCACAGAACGUAGAGGAUGUAUCGGAGGAAGAAGUAACAAAAGAAGAGGCGGAGGUAAGUACAGCUGUAACUACGGACGAAAAAGAUGCAAAUGAGACCACAACAGAUUCCGAAUCAAAAGAAGAAAUUACAGAAGACAAGGAAGAAAAACCUAGUGAGACUACAGAAGAUGCUAGCGAAGUCAAAGAUGAUGAAAAACCAACAGAAGAACCAGAAACCGAAGAGCAAGGGUCAGUAGAAGAAAAGAUUGACGUUUCCGAAAGAGCUGAAACUACGGAGGAUGACUCAACACAAAAAGACGAGGAUAAAAUAGAUGACGAACAGACCGACUCUGGCAUAAACGCCGGUGGUGAAACAAAACAGGAUGAAACAAAGUUAGAGUCUACAAAUCUAAACGAGGAUUCGCAGGAAAUCACACAAGAAGAAACGGAAACAAAAAGCGAUACACCGGAUGCUACCAAAGACGAUACUACAGAGGCGGCAGAUGAAGAUGCAACGGCGGAAGGAAAUGCUGAAGACGAUAACGAAACAACUAAAGAAACCACAAAAGACACUGAAGGGGGAGAGGAUAGCAAAAGUACAAAAAUAGAGGGAAAAGAUGAUACCACUAAAGAUGCGCAACAAUCCAUUGUAGAGGAAACAAAAGAAUGCGAUGGUGAUGAUGAUAAAUCACCGGAUGAAACAGAAACUAAAGAAGACGAUGGCGAUGAUGAUAGAAAACAAUCAUCAGACGAAACAGAAACUAAAAAAUCAGAGGAUGCAAAGGAAACCAGCGAAGAAGUGACUGCAGAAACAGUGGAUCAAACAGACGAUUCAAAAACGCAGAAAACACCUGACGAUGACAACAAGUGUAAUCAAGAUAAUAAGGAAAGCGAUACAGAGGAGACAAUACCAGACGAGACUAAAGUGGAAUCAUCUACUGAUGAUGUUACAGAGGCAAAAGAGGAUAACGAGACUUGCGAAGCACCAGACGCAUCAUUAACUACGGAAAAAACAAAAGAUGAUUCAACAGAGGUUGAUAAUGGAGAGACGACAGUAGAUCAGGAGGAAACAAACGAUGUCGAUAAGAAAGGAAAUGAAGAAAAAUCAGAAACAUCUGAUAAAACCGAAAUAAAUGGUGAAAAAGAUUCAGGAGAAUCGAAUGAAACAGAAGACACCAAACUAAAGGAAGAAACGGCCGACAUUGACACGAAGUCUAAAGAAGAUGAUGAAAACAAAAUUGACGAUACAAAUGAUAAGUCUGAGGAAGUUAGUGAGGAUAAAACAGAUGCUACUGAAACAACUACAACAGAGCAAAAGUCUCAGGAAGGUGAGAAUGACGACAAACAGAUUGGUGAUGUAAGUAAUGAGAGUGAGGAGUCAACAAAGGUAAAUGAUGAUGCAACACCACAGGUAAAUGGUGAUUCUAAAACUGGCGAUGGAAGCACAACAGAUAAGUCAGAGGCGAAAGAGGAAGCAGAUUCAAAAUCUGAAUCUGGGGAACAAAACAAAGAAGAUCCGUCCAAGACAACAGAUGAUUCAAUGGGUACAAACGCAGUAAAUGGUGAUGUGGGUGACGAUGCUGACGACAAGGAAACGACACAUGACGACGAUGCAGACUCUUCCGUAAGCAUGCGAAUGAUGCGAGGAGAAGUGUCUGCUAAAACAACCUACCAAAGAACAUCUACUGGCCCUCUCUCCGUGUCCGAGGUCAGUCCGGAAGGAAAAUUCAUAGUCUUGGAAAACACUUCUUCUGGCACUAACAAGAGGGAAGUUGAUUUGAACAAAUGGAGACUGAAGAGAACCGUUGACGGUCAGCGUGACUACAUCUACGAGUUUAGAAACUUUGCCCUCAAGCCAGGAAAGAGCGUGAAGAUCUUUGCCCGCGGGUCUGCCGGUGAGGCUGGUCUGAAUGAUCUGGUAUUCCGUGACGAAGAGACCUGGGGAUUUGGUGCCCAGGUGACAACUGUUCUUUUGAACGAGAAGAAUGAGGAAAAGGCAACCCACACCCAGAAGACCAAGUACCAGUAGGACACCAUCUUGCCAUGCCAUGACGCCAACAACUACUGCAAAUUCUGUAUCUACUGUAGUGCGCUUCCUAUCAUCGACUGCUGACUUCUGUUCUAACGUUCUAUUGCGCUGUUGAUUGGCUAACGAAUCGGUGUUCGGUGUUAAGGUUUCUUUUAAAGAUUCGUUAGCCAUUCGUCGUUCGGUGUUUCAACUGUCCUCAAACUGAUAGACUCGAUGAUCACUACUCCAGUAUUCUUUAACUUAUAGCUGGUUGGUGCUUCAAAUUUUCGUCUGGUAAAUCGACAAAUACGUUUUGAUAUACAUGAGAAAAGGUGCAGAAGUCCUGUGUGUAUGAUAUGAUAUUGAUAGGAUCAAGUAUUCGUAGACAGUUUGGUUUGAUAAAAUCUUAUUUUUAGCAAAGUGUAGUUAUAACAAACAGCAAUAACAUUUCAAGGUAUUCGGACACUUUAGAAAAUCACGACGCAAAGAACUUAGAACGCAAACGUCAAUCGAAAUAAAAAGUAAUACAGGAAGUCUUUAAUUCUAUCCUAUACUGACAUGAUGAAUAUCUGCUAGCUCAGUUCCGGUGCGAUCUUUCUUGUUUCCUGCUCAGGGUACAUACCCUUGCUUAGCUGUAUACCUCCGUGAGGAAAUAGAUUUCUGAUGAAUGUACGCUGGUCCACGAGAUAACAUGGCUGUGAACUGUGAUGCAUAUUUGCUGCUUAUGUAGCAUGCCAUUCACUAAACAUUAGAUGUGAAGUGAUGUAUGUGAUUUUGGAUAACUUUUAUUAAUGUACAUGUCAUUGGUGUACCAAAUGAGUAUUUAUUCAAAAUUUUAAUAUUAAUGAAUAUUAGUAAUUUUAUGUUUUUCAACAAUUACAUUUAAGUUGUAGUUUUAUUGUGUUCCACCUCCCCUCCCUUUACUCGUCUUCUCAGUUAAAUAAUUACUUUUUGUAUCUUUUAUACAUUUUUUAAUCAUCAUCAUAAUUCAUUUUGCGAAAUUAUAUCCUGGACGUUCUGGUUCGGCGAUGUAGAAGAAGGCAAAAGUUUGUUAGGUUAAGCGUGAAUAUUUAACGUGAAGAUGAGUAUAAUUAGGGAGACUAUUAACAAAAGCAUUUGGAUGGUUCCACUCCCACAGCUAUUUAUAAUAUGCUCGACUUUAUUAUUUAUGCAAUUUUCUUUCAAUAAAUGCUGUAUUUUGUAUUUUCGGUUUUGUUCUUUUGUUUUCACAGUUUUAUGUUUGAAUGUCGUCAGGUUUCUUACUGGUUGUUUUUGUUGAAAUAGAAUUUUGGAUUCAACAGCGUUACCGACAAAGAGGUAGCGAAAUGUUGGGAUUUUUUAAUGCAUACCUCAUGAAUCAACCGUGAGUGAUGAAAUGAUCAAAUGUAAAAGUACAACAGGAUAUGUUAUACGAUUUUAAUUGAUAUUUUAUUAAAUGACGGCGAGGUUAUAUGCGAGUGACUAUGCCUUGACACGGAUUGUGAUAAGCAGACGCAUAUACCGCCUUAGCGUCUUCUACCAAUAAACUCGAAUUGUGUACAUCCGGUAUUGAACACAACCCUCUGUCAAUGAUAACAGUUGCUUCGGACAAUAGACCAAUCAUAGUCAAGCAUUUACCUCUAUUGUUGUUUUAAUCAAGGGGAUUAAAACGUCACAUCCGUCCAUACGAUCCAAACAACGUUAUAUUGCAGAAAGCCUAAUAUCAGUGUUGACACAUGUAAGCGUAGAGACGUCGUAAGUAUGGGAUAGUGGGGUACUGGGAUAUAGGCUUACAGUAUUCUAAAUUAGACACCAUCUAGUUAUUGUGUUGGUUUUUGUGUAUGAAUUAUAUGAAUGGGAUUGAUGAGAACAUUGUCUUAAACUCUCCAGAUUAGUGCUACUGAGAAAGAAAAAGCACCAUAAGAUCCGCUAGUUAGCCACGAAGCAUGUUCCCAACAACAAAAAUAGAAACAUGCUAGAAUUACUUGUGUCCUGACAGCUGACGACAAAAAAAAUGAACUUAAAACAAUUGUACACACUUUGGUAUUCAGGGUAAAUUACCACUACCUUUACUGUACAACAACACGUCUAAUAAAUGUUAAUAGUUUUCUGUUUCGGUAAUAAAAGGUCAAUACCUUUCCCGAUAAAAUAUAUUGAAUUAAAAUCAAUAGAAAUGUGUUUCUUAAGAAUCGCUGAAAUAUCACUACUUUUCCUUAUAAAAACUAAAUUGGCAGGUGUCUGCUUUACCGUCGACAAUGACAACUGAUUCAUUUCCGGUUUACUUUUUUCUGUGUAUUUUGUUGAGUUUUUCCAGUUUUAUUUUCUCUCUCUUUUUACCUUUAUAGAUAUUUUCCUUACUACUAUCGGUCAUCCAUCUAUUGUCUAACAAACUGGUAUAAUAUUCUGUAACAUAGUGAUCCACCCAUAUCACAUUAUGUCUACUCCUCAUGAUCAACUUGGAGUAAGUGUAAUAUAUAUAUAUAUAUAUAAUAGUGAUAGUUCAUUCAUGGUUCUAUGAAUACAAUAUAUGGUGGGGUGAUAAGAACAAACGAGUGCUCGCUUGGAAUAUUGAUAUCUGUAUAUUUAGUAGUAUGUAUGUAUGUAUUUACAGCAAUAGCAAGCAAUUAUUAAUGAUGUUGAUACUUUUGAUAUGUAAACGUUUACUUACAUGGUUGUAAUUACAUGACGCGGCAUAUAGAUUAUAUCGUUAUGACACCCCGUAUAGGGCAUUUGUAUUGGUUUUUUGACAAUACUGUUAUAAAAUGUUGAUAAUUUUGUAAAUAAGUUAAAAAUAGCGCAUAGAAUUUAUACAUAUGUAUAGAACACCGGUGACCUCCAUUUUAUUCAACGAUCAUCUGCCAUCUCUAAUAAGCGUGUCAUCUGAUUCAGAGUCUGGGCGAUACUGUUGUACAGGUGUCAUCCUGAACUAUAACACAUGCAAAUCUCCCUAGUACUGUGUUGCAGAGUUUAUGUUCUCCCUGUCAUUGGGGUAUUCGUACGAUAUCAUAGAUACAUUCCUGUAUGAACACCACUAGUUUAGGUCUAACACACGUGCUGCAGAACUAUUGGAUUUGUUUAACUGUUCAAUCUUCUUGAUAAACCGGUAUAAUGGAUUCAUGAGCACGGAUGGUAAGUUAUAUCUAUGAUAAUAACUCGAUAAGCAUUCUUACAAAUGAUAUCUUAUUUUUUUCUCAAUAUAACGCCAAUUGACUUAAAGGAACAUUUCUCAGUGCGAUAAAAACAAGAAUGACGUUAUCAUAUGUGAUAACAUAAUGAUGUUAUCAUAUGUGCGCUUGAUUACUUUAUAAAUAGAAUGCGAGUUUAGCAGAGCAAUUGACAUCUGUUAUAUCAUAAUGUACAUCGCAUCUUAACUCACAGAGGUAUGCAAAUGAGCCCAAAUCAAAAAUAAUGAAUAAAAGGCUAGAUUCAUUCAAUCGCCCAGGUCACAAUAUAAUAUUGUUUAAUGUCUCGAACAUCGGUAACAGCAUUUUUUUUUUUUACUUCGUUCUCUUUUUUCUAUUUUGUCUGACAGUUAAUGAAAACAAAAAUAUUGUAUCACUAGCUUAUGUCAAACUUCAGAAAAACGAUGUCUGAUAUAACUUUAGCAGAAGUAAGUUAUGAAUGUAGAUUGUGUAAAUAAUAGUGAAUGUAUUCCGUCCGGGACUGAGACCGAUAUUAACUCUUGACAAGUUGUACCUGAAGUACGUCGAUGGUUAAUUAGUGGACAUCACUGUCAGUGGGGAUUAAACAAACCAUGGAGAGCUUCAUUUUUGAAAUGAUAUUGAAACAUGUUUUGAGUCUAGAACAGGUAGUCUUCCCCGUGGAAACCGAUGGACUAUCCCAAUAUUCCAUCGGUCGGUUAUUCCAUUGAUCAGUAUAGGUGUGCUUGUCAUUUUAACAGUGGUUGUUGGUGGUAUUUUGGAACACCAACAAGAUUUAAAUGUGUGCGCAUGUGUGAAAGAGAGAUUGAGACGACUGGUUGUGUUUCACUAUAUUUACAAUACAUUAUGUAUAAUUGUUUCCUGUAUCAAGACCAACGAAUAUCAUCUCCAUAUGCCUUAGUUAUACCUGCAUUUGGUCUGCUAUGUCCCCUCGUAGAUAGCACUUGGAAGUUAACGACACGUAGGUAGCAGUUAAAUAGUGUAAUAUCACAGUAUGAAGAACAUAUCACAAUGACUUGUCCGUAUGACAAUAUGGUAAACAGACAAUAUACAGCUUAUAGUUCAAUAAUUUUAACGUUAACAUAUGAUGUACUGUUCAUUAUAGGUUACGUCACACUAUUCUCCUUAUUUGGAGGUGGUUGGUAUCGCCAGGUAGAUAUGGUGGUCACUGGGGUUUUAUUUUUUCACUAUUUGAAAACGACGGGAUCACUGGCUAUGCAUUACACUAUUUUAGCUCUACAGACGUGGUGUUCAGUCUCUGUACUGGACAAUGGUUGAUGUCCAGUCGCUGUACUGGACAAUAGUUGAUGUCCAGUCGCUGUACUGGACAACGGUUGAUGUCCAGUCGCUGUACUGGACAACGGUUGAUGUCCAGUCGCUGUACUGGACAAUGGUUCUUUACUCUUUUAUCUUGGUAUCUUACGCUCGUCCAAUGUCUUACAUUCUAUUAUAUGUUUUUCUGUGAUAUUAAAACUUACCACUUAA